AUGGCGCCCGAUAACGCACCCCCCUCGGGGCCCUCCGCUUCCGACCUCGCUCCAUCAGCACAGUCACCAUCACCUGCUGUCACUACCAGAGCGUCCACCGCGGGCAACGAAACUGUCCCAGCAACUGCCUCUUCGUCGUCUUGUCGCCUCCCAUCACUUGCUUCCCUGUCUGCUGUAUCGCGUCGCCCACCAUCCCUCAAAGACCUGAAGGCGGCCCUUCCAAACCUCAUGCUCAAGCCUCGUACAGCAACUACCAACAGCACAGAUACCGAUCCCGAACCUGCAGACUUGUUUUCCGCAGACGAGCCACAGGUCCAGGUUCGUGGUCCCCAACCUUCCUGCCAGCUCUUCAACAUGUUCAAGGCCCUCGCGGCUGGCGCUGGCACGCUGGGAGGGACUGCGCUCGACAACCUGGACGAGCUCGACACCGACUCUGACGACGACGAGACCGCCCCCGCGCCCCGGUCCGUCACACCCCGCGCUGACCAAGCGCGAGCGACCGACAAGGAUGAUAACAUAUCCGUCUCCGAGGUCUCGUCCGCUCCCACUCCCCACGGGACCCACACUCCUGAGGACUACAGCGUUCAAGACGCUGCGCUCGCGGAGGGUGGAGGCAACGGAGAGGACACCGAUGCCGUCAAGCGUUGGCUUCAAGACACGAUUGACCGCAACGAGCAGAUCGGCAACCGUUUUGCUGCCGCGUCCAUGUCCAACUUUUCGCCAUUCGGAGAGCUGGAGAUGCUUGAGAACUCUCAGCCACUGCCCGGUGCCCGUCGCCGCAAGUCGAGUAUCCACCACCUCCUGACAAACUUGCCCGUGACCGAGGAGCCCGAGAAUGCCGACAGCAGCUCAUCCGAUGAUGAGUGGUACCUUGCCGAUGAACACCGUCCCGUGUCCGAUGACACGUCCGGUACCUCCUCCAUUGCCCCCGUUGACGAGAGGCCUGCCCUCGAGCGUCUCCGCAGUGUAACCGCCGACGCCGACCUCAAACGCUUCCGCCAUGACGACAUUCCAGAGGACCAGAAGCUCUCCGUCAUUGUCAACGAGUUUGGUGACAUGGCCUCCAAGAUGAUAAACCGAGACGGUACCGAAGCUACCCCGGAGCGCAUCCUGGCCGAGUCUCAGGGCUCCUUCUUCAAGGGUGUGAUGAUGAUCGGCAACCUGCACCUCACCAACUACCGCCUCACCUUCCAUGCCCUUUUGCCACCUGACGAUGCGUUCACUGCUCCUCGAGUUAUGCCCGACCAGACCGAGGCGCAGGCGGAGGCGCGUAGCGCUCGCCCGGACAUUAUCCAGUCUGGUCCGGUCACCUUGCACCGCCGCAGCGGUCCCGUGAAGAGCAGGAAGCGCGUGUGGAUGGAGCUCUCGCCUGACAUGCUCACGACCUACCCGUCAGCCGACGAGGCUGGCCGUGUCAGACCCCUGUUCUCAAUCUUACUCUCGACGGCACUUCGCUUGGCUCCAUACGAUGUCACCCACCCUCGCGACUUCUACCUCACGUACGAUACCAUCGAAGGCGAGCGUACCACGCACUUUAGCAUCGACAAUGAACAGAGUGCCAUGGUCUGGCGCCGCCAGUUCGAAGGUGCCCUCUUCCGCUACGCACGCGACCGCUUCCGCGCGGCCCACCAGCGCGAUAACGUCAAGGCAGGCUUUGAAGACGCACCCACGAUAGGCAGUUCAGAAUGGACCUUGCUCCGCUGCUGCGUUCCCCUCGACACUGCUACCCUCAAGGGUGUUGGAGAUUACCAUUCGUUUGCCACUCUUAUCAACCUCGACGUGUCCCUCGACCACACCACUCAUGUCACUUGGCACCCGGAGGAACUGGCCGACAGCAGCUUUACCGCCUACGGCAAAUACAGCGACGCGGGACGCAUGCUCGAGGACAAGAGCGGCAAGGAGCGUUCGCCAAGCGGCAGCAGCACCCCUCGCCGCAGCCUGUCUCUUCGUCAGGCCCUACCUUCCUUCAGGCGCCGUGAGCGUGAAUCUUCACCCCGUCGAUCGCCACUUGUACCCCACUCUGGUCCGCCUUCCAUCAACACUGACGGAGCAGACAGCGCCUCAAUGGAGAGGUCGUCGUCGGAAGACCUACCGUCCCCCCAGCGUUCGACCACGUGGGUGGACAGCUCCCUCCCUCCCCGCCUCUCGGGGCUCAUCGGGCACAAGCGCAACACAUCCGUUCCUGGCACCCCAGAGGAGAGGAGCCUCAACGGCGUGGACGUGGCCAACUCUUUCGAGUUCCUCGUCGCAGUCCUCAACGAGCAGGCUUGGUUUGCCACUGCUCUCGAAGGAGCGAUGGUUGAAGCCCAUAAGAGAGUUUACAAACCCGACGAGACCCACGUCAAGAUGACCCUCGACGUUGGCGGUUAUGACUGUCUUGUCAUGGAUGAUGAUGGGGAAGGCCAACCCGGUGACGACUCCAGUUCCUCGGAACCCGAGCACGUCUAUGACGAUGACGACGAGUCGAGCCUCAACAAACCCCGUGCCGUCUCGGAGACGCGCAAGGCCGAAAAGGCCCACCAGGCCGCCCGUGUCUUUGGCCUUCGCGAGGACGAAGGUAUCUGGCUCAAGCGGUGCUACGUCUCCCACGGCCUCGUCCCUGCCCGUGGACACCUUAUUGUCAACCCCCGCUUCAUUUGCUUCUGGCGCCGCGCCACAGUGGGCUCGGAUGUCAAGUACCGCUGGAACACCCAAGACGUCAAGCGUGCCGAAAAGGCUCCUCCCAUCCGUAUCGGUUGGCACGGCAUGGUGCUCAAGAUCCACGGCCACCAUGACCAACGCUUCGAGUUUUGGCUGGCCAAGGGCCGCGACGAGACCAUUGAGCGUAUCAACGAGCUGCUUGUCCGCGUCGAUGGCCGUGCCGAUGGCGCGCCCACUGUCAGGCAGGGCACGGCAGACAGCCUCGCCACUGCUGCUACCACGUCGACGGUGGCGACCACAGACAGUACGGCCAUUGCCGGUGACAGUGCCAGCAUGUCUGAGACCACUGGAUCGAGCACUCCGCCCUCGAGUGUGUCCGUGACUAGCGCGGAGCAGACGUGGAAAACCGCCAAGAAUCUGGCCAACCCGACCAUCACAGUCAACCCCGCGGUUCUCAAGGCCGGCACUGGAAGCGCACUCAAGCAGGCCGCCGAAGUGCUUGCCCCACCCGCUGACAUGCUUGUGUACCCCAAGGCCCUCAGUGAGGACGCUAUUGCGUACAUGCCAUUUGUCGCCAACCGGCCGUGGACCUCGCACUCUUUCAAUAUCCGCUUAACAUCGCGUCGCUUCGCGAUGCUCACUAUUGGAAGCCGUGGAGACGUCCAGCCUUACAUUGCACUCUCGCUGCGUCUCAUGGAGGAUGGCCACAAGUGUGUCAUCAUCACCCACGGAGAGUUCAAGGAGUGGAUCGAGGGCUAUGGUAUCGAGCACCGCGAAGCCGGUGGUGACCCCACCGCGCUCAUGAAGCUCAGUACCGAGCACCGCAUGUUCUCACCGGCCUUCUUCAAGGACGCGCUGGGGACGUUCCGCCAGUGGCUCGACGACCUUCUGCUCGAGGCGUGGAAGGCGUCGCAGGACGCAGACGUCCUCAUCGAGUCCCCCUCGGCCAUGGCAGGCAUCCACAUUGCCGAAGCGCUCAAGAUCCCCUACUUCCGCGCCUUCACCAUGCCCUGGACCCGCACCGCGGCGUACCCGCAGGCCUUUAUGGUGCCCGCAUUCGACAUGGGCCCCUCGUUCAACUACUCGACCUAUGUGCUCUUUGACAACAUCAUGUGGCGCGCAAGUGCUGGCCAGAUCAACCGCUGGCGCAAAAAGUACCUCGGCCUCGGAGCCACCGACCAGACCAGUCUGUCCGUCUCCAAGGUUCCCUUCCUGUACAACUUUUCGCCCGCGGUCGUCCCCAAGCCCCUCGACUGGUACGACGACAUCACCAUCACCGGAUACUGGAACCUCGAGAACAGUGACAUGGAGUGGACGCCGCCCGACUCGCUCGUCGCGUUCAUGGAGCAAGCCAAGUUGGACGGCAAGCCGCUCGUGUACAUUGGUUUCGGAUCCAUCGUUGUGCCCGACCCCAAGGCCAUGACCAAGAGCAUCAUUAAAGGUGUUCAGAAGGCCGACGUCCGCGCCAUCAUUGCCAAGGGCUGGAGUGCACGCGACUCCAAGCCUGGAGAGGAAGACGUAGAGCUCCCUCCCGGAACAUGCUACGGCGUCGACAAGGUGCCCCACGGCUGGCUCUUCCCCAAGAUCAACGCGGCGCUCCACCACGGCGGCGCCGGAACGACGGGCGCGAGCCUGCGCGCUGGCCUCCCCACGCUCAUCAAGCCAUGGUUUGGCGACCAGAACUUCUGGGCCAUCCGCGUCACAAAGCUCGAAGUGGGCAUGAAGGUCGCCAGCCUGCGCAGCGACGACAUUGCCGACGCGCUGCGCAAGGCCACCCAGUCGACCGUCAUGAUCGAGAAGGCGGCGCGUAUCGGCGAGCGCAUCCGCUCCGAGACGGGCGUCAACGCCGCCGUCAGUGCCAUCCACGCCAACCUCAUCCGCGCGGCGCAGAACCGCCAGGCGCUCAAGCGCGAGGACGCGCACCGCAGGCGUAGAGUCAGCCAGGAGGACGAGCAGGAUUCAGAGGACGCCGCGGCGACGCCCAAGAAGGCCGACAGGGCCGUGACGCAGGGCAGUAGUACCUCUUCGUUCAGCUUGCCGCCCUUGCCCAAGGUGACUCUCCCGACGCUCGGAUCUGUGUUCGCUGCGACUGCUACAAAUGGUGCAACGGGUGGUGCUGGUGGGAACGUUGCUCAAAAGAUCUAA